UCCAUUGUCAUUCAGAAUAUUCAUUCGUCUACCAGAACCGAGGUAAAGUCACUGCAAACCACAUUCAUCAUGGCUCAGAACGUCCCCGACAACUACAUCCCCAAGUACGCUCAGCAGGACGAGUGGGAGGAUAAGGAGCUCCAAAAAUUCGCAAUUGAGUUCUAUCGCAUCUCAGACAAGCCAGAAGAGAACCAACGCUGGGUCGACUCCUUCUGCGAGGACGCACGUGUUCAAAUUGGCGCUGACAAGGCGCGUGGCACAAAUGACCUGGCACAGUUCCGAACGCGAAUGUGGAAACUAGUCAAGGAGAGAAAGCACACGGUCCUCAAGGUCUUCCCUGGACGUUUCCCAGACUCGGAACCCAGCGAAAGCGAAGUGAUGAUCCUCGGUGAGGUUGGCGUGACUACGACAGACGGACGACUCAAACAAGCUGCGUGGUCAGCCCACGCGGUUGUGAAGAAGGUCGAUGGAGCCUGGAAAUUCAAGGAGUACCGAGUUUGGUUGCAGGAUGAGGGCCUUCUAUGAAAGAGAGACGCAAUCGACCGAAAGCAACAAAAGUGAAUUUGUGCAUAAUAGCCUCUAGUCGCGUUUAUGAAUAGCAAGCAAUACGAAACAGCAAAACAAAACAAACCAAUACAAUCGGGAAGCUACUGACCUACUCACCGUUCACAUCCCGAUACGUCAUCCCAGCCAGGUCGGUCUGUGGGAGUGUGGGACAAGAUGGAAAUUG